GAGGGAUCUGUUUAUCUAUUUCCGGAAGGAAAACUAACCAAAAAUAUGUUAUUAAAUACAUAGGAAUUAAAACAAAACUUCUGAAAGGCCCUAGUUUUCUCUCUGGUUCAAGAAUCGAGACAACGCCGCUACCGCUGCUUCUUGACGCCGGCAAGGCUAGAGGCCGCCGGCGUCGGGAAAUCUGCUACAUCUUCCUCAUGGUUUCUCUCGCUCCAAGUCAAAGCUCUCGUCUUGUUUCUUGCUUCGCACUUACUCAAUCAGUUUCUCUAGAUCUGGUGCCGUCGAAACUGGAGCAAACCUUCGUGGUCUCUGCUCAGGUUUUCAAGACCACCGGAGAUGCAUCCUUCACCGGGGUCUCCCGAAAAAGCUGUACAAGGUCCACCUUUCACCUCCUUCCCUACUCUGAGUUCGCCCUUCACAUGUGCUUCAGAUCUGAGAGGCCCUCCGUGGGAUGUUCCGGAUCUGAGCUACGCUCGGAUAAAGAUCAAAACUCAGCCAUAAAGAACACUUCAGGCCACCGCAGUGCAUCAUCUUUGAAUUAUAAACGGGGCUCCGUUUCUCUUCUCGGCGGCUGCUCAACCCCCAACAUUCCAAAUAUCAUAGCCUUCUCUCCUCCAUCUUGCGCCACCGUCCUUCAUCCCGACAACGAAGUGCUCCUUAGCUUUGCCACACACACCCUUGUCUACAAGCUCAGACCCGAUGUUCUCCGUUCCAGCUCCGCCUCUCAUCCCGAAUCUAGGGUUCCUCCAGCCAGGCUGGUUGUUAAUGGGCCGAAUUUCAAUUGUUUGUGGGCCUGGCCCAGUACCACUAAAGAAGGAAGCGGCCCUUUGCUUAGUCAGUCAAUACCCACUGCAUAUCACAACGAGAGUCAACUAACCACGGGAUGAAUUGUUCGGUGGAUUCACUGACUUUGUUACCGGUACUAUCAUCCUCUUCUACAAAGGAGAGAAUCCUAUAUAUUACCAUGCCUCUUUUCUGUGAAAGGAGAUGAUUCCUCGGGUUUAAUACCGAGAGUUUGCUUCAACUUACUCACCGGUUUGCCACCUUGUGUAGCGGUCUGUACGGGGCCAGAAGGUGCAAUCGAGACUAUUUCGGUUUCUCUCGUUGGUGAGGGUUGGCUUUCAACGUCACAACAUAAGGUGACUAAAUCUCAGCUGUCGGACCUUGUCUUACAUGCUUCCUCGACGCAUUCAAGCUUUGUCUUGAAUUCGCUGUCAUCUUCUGAUGAAGAAUUAUCAUGUUUAAUCUUAAUUGCUGUUGUAGCUUAUGUUUAUUUUCCAAGAGGAUGUCUAAUUCCCUCUUGUUAUUGUAGUUCUUCGAGUUGAUUUAAUGAAAAAAGUUUGUGU